AGGGGAGGAGAGAGAGACGGAGAGAGAGAGAGAGAACACUGAGGGAGACUGAGAGUAAGAAAGAAAGAAAGCAAAACCGGUCUGCAGGAUUCCUGAGUUCCAGUAUCACAGCUCUCCUCAUUCCCAGGACAGGACUUUUUAAUGCCUCACAGAAUCUGGAUUGUGAUUUUAUUACAAGCGAGCUGAUUUUUAAUAAAAAAAAUUUUUUGGUAUCUUGUGAAGGAGAUUGUGCCGGGGAGACGGAUAAGAAAUAUUUCUCUACAUAGUUUUGCUUAUUUUAAAGCCUAGAUGUUUCCCUUUUUGCUUUGGAAUUAACGACUGGUUAAAAAAGGCAAAGAAGUCCCCAAAGCGCAUCUGUCAUUAUUGCUGUCUGGAAUUGUGAUUUCAGAAGAAGAAGAAGGGCCGGGGACACGACACCCUGUCAACGAGUUUCCUGCAUCAGAGAUAAGGAUUCCAGCUACAUGGGCAAACGUUUGGAACAGCAACCAAUGUACCCUCAGUACACUUACUACUACCCCCAUUAUCUCCAAACCAAGCAGUCCUAUGCGUCAGCUCCCCACCCCAUGGCUCCGCCCAGCCCCAGCACAAACAGCAGUAACAACAGCAGCAACAGCAAUGCAGAGCAGCUGAGUAAAACAAACCUGUACAUUCGAGGACUUCCGCCAUGUACCACGGACCAGGACCUCAUUAAGCUGUGCCAACCGUAUGGAAAAAUUGUAUCGACAAAGGCAAUUCUUGACAAAAACACGAAUCAAUGCAAAGGAUACGGAUUUGUAGAUUUUGACACUCCUGCUGCAGCACAGAAAGCAGUCUCAUCUUUAAAAGCUAGUGGAGUGCAAGCUCAGAUGGCAAAGCAACAAGAGCAAGACCCUACAAAUCUCUACAUCUCAAAUUUACCAAUCUCAAUGGAUGAACAGGAACUCGAGAACAUGCUGAAGCCAUUUGGCCAUGUUAUUUCUACCAGAAUAUUAAGAGAUGCCAGUGGGGUCAGUAGAGGAGUUGGGUUUGCCAGAAUGGAGUCUACGGAGAAAUGUGAAGUAGUAAUUCAACAUUUCAAUGGAAAGUAUUUGAAAACACCUCCAGGAGUACCAGCUCCGCCAGAGCCUUUACUGUGUAAAUUUGCUGAUGGAGGGCAAAAGAAGAGGCAAAACCAGAGUAAAUACACACAGAAUGGCAGACCGUGGCCAAGAGAAGGAGAAACUGGAAUGACUCUUACAUAUGACCCAGCAGCAGCUAUGCAGAAUGGAUUUUAUUCUUCCCCAUAUAAUAUUGCCACAAAUCGUAUGAUUCCACAGACAUCUAUCACACCAUUUAUUGCUGCUUCCCCUGUCUCUACAUACCAGGUCCAGAGUACAUCCUGGAUGCCUCACCCAUCAUAUGUUAUGCAACCAACAGGUGCUGUUAUAACACCGGCGAUGGAUCACACCAUGUCAAUUCAGCCUGCAAAUAUGAUGGGCCCUUUAUCCCAACAAAUGAACCACCUCUCUUUGGGAACAACCGGGACAUAUAUGACUGCUGCUGCACCUAUGCAAGGAACAUUCAUCCCCCAGUAUACUCCUGUGCCUCCAGCAGCUGUACAAGUUGAAGAUGUUGUUGCUGAUAACUCUCCUCAGACAGUACCAUCUUCACAGGAAGCAAGUGGACAACAGCAACAGAUAACCGUAGAGACAAACAAUGAACAUGCAUCUGCAUACUCCUACCAACAGUCAAAACAAUAAAUUGAACUAAGAAUGUUGGUCUGAAAACUUUGCCUUGAAUGAAGAAACUUCAUCCAUCAUGAAGUUGGCUUCCACUUUGCACAGGCAUUAAAUAAAAGCUUCUUCCCCCCCCCCCUUCCAUUUUGUACCUUGCUCAACAAACCGUUUUUAUGUGCCGUGCAAAAAAUAAUUUAGUUAUGUAGUCCGACAAUUUUAUUUUUGCUACUUUUUUAAUUCAAGCCUGGGGAAACAGUAUGCUGUUAACAUUUCAUUGGGAAGAAAAUUUAAAUUCCAAGGCAUCUGGAGAUGUAGAUAUGAUAGACUUUCCAACCAUUAAAGCCAACGUCAAGAGGGAGCAAGAACAGACUAAAACAUAACUUCCUCUAUAAGCUAUUUUUUGAUUUGCUUAUAUUGACAUUUUUCCCACAGGAAUGAAUACGUAAGGUUUAUCUUAAAUAUUAAUUGCCUUAAUUUUAAGGAUCUUAGAGGAUUCCUGGGCAAGCGGUCAGCAUCUUAAGGCAUAUGAUAUGGUGGGGUCUGGUACAUAGUUUAGUAUGGGAUUUAUUGAUAUGAUGUACAGCUUGAGAUGAAAAGCCUUCCUUCUUUGGACGAAGACCUUUGUUGAUAAAGAACCAACGUCUGCAAGAAUUUGGGGACUUCAAUGAACUUAAUCGACAGUGUUAAUACAAAUAAAUAGAUGGCUGUAGCUUUUUGCAGUGAACUGAAAUCACAAAACAUGAGAUGACACUGCAUUGGGAGAUAUGCAGCUCUUUUUGGUUAAAUGCUUUUUUUUUUUUGGUUUUAUUUUUUUAUGUUGCCAAGCGUGGUCACUAGACAAGAUAUUAGUGCUUUUUCUCCGCAAUCUUUUUUAUGAGCUUUAAGGACUUUUUAGUAGGCUCUGCUUGUCAUUUUGCAAAAAGUAGCUUAGUAGCAUUGAAAAUGUAGGAUGUAUAUGGUAAAAAAAAAAGUGCAAAAAAAAAAAAAGCAAUAGAUAGAAGAAAUUGUUGACAAUUUCUAUAGUCUUUCCUAGUUGUGAUCAAAUGCAGCCUAUGGAUGGCCUAUUUUAUACCAAAGAUGACGUGACACCCUAACGCAGUUCUGAAGAUAGAGGUUUUUUUUAAUCUUUAUUUGACCUACAUGGCCGGACCAGUUUUUACUUUUAUCUUUGUUUAAACUAUCUUCCGUUGGUAUUCUAUGUAGUACCUUUGUUUGUAAAGACAUUUAAUGAUUAGUUGGUUAUCUCACUGUGUUUGAGCAGUUGCAGCAUACGGUUACAGCAGACAAAAAAGCCAACAAAUAUAUAUGUAUGGCAUCUACAGAUCCUGUUUUUUAUGGCAUAACCUGAUCUUUUUGUACAGUUAUGAGUCUUCCUUUUUCUCAAACCUGAUCUGUCGAAAGUUAAUUUUUACAUUUGAAAUGUUAUCUGCCAUUUAUUUUUAAUAUCCCCAUUGAUUGAAAAAAUAUGUUGUAGAAUAAUUACAUUGAAGGGGGCUGCCAUGUCCGUCAGAGUAUUUAUAUAAAUGUUACUCCAUUACCAACACCAGGUUUUGGCUACAGAGAAAAUGGAACAGACUGCGGAGCUAAGAUGUGGCAGGCUAUGGGAAUGAUCUGCCUAACAGCAAUACAGAUGAGACAUGCUACUGCGACUAACUGCAAGUGAUAAAAAGCAGUCAAUACUUUAUAAGUGCAACACUUGUAUAAUAAAACAUCUCCCAGAAAGCUGGUGAAGCUCUAUGGCAUUACUUGUUUCCUUUAAUAAUUUGCCAAUUGCACACAAUUGCAAAAAAUAUAUAUUCUAAUGAUUACUAAAACAAAUGUAUACUUUUGGGUUCUUUAGGGACCAAUUUACUCGUUCAGAGUUCGAAUUUCCCUUUUUCCCACAAAUAGUAUUUUUCUCUAAAAAAAAAAUUUUUUUAAUUUCCCUAAAAUUGAGCUUUAUUAAAUGUAAAAACCCUAAUACAAAACUACCCCAAGUAACACUAAUCGAGGUCCCAUAGAAGUCAUUGGGGGGCUGCACUUAUGCUAUUUGACCUUUUUUUUAAUCAUUCAGACUUUUAGAGGUUUUCAGAUAUUUUUCGCUAGUAAAAACCUCACAUUUUUAGAGGUAUAAGAGAUAUUCAUAUUUUCUUUUUUUUUUGAUCAUUCAGUGGUUUUUGGAUUUGGAUCUGAAAAUGAGUUUCAUUGUGGUUUCAAAAAGCUCUCUAAUACCACUAAAACUCAAUUUUUAGUAAAUGGGCCUCUAUAUGUCUAAAAUAGAUGUAUACCCAAAACAUAUUCUCACCCUUUGGUCCAUUGCUCUAAUAGGCCACUCUUGGGACCCUUAAAAUAAGGUGGUCUUAUUUUAUCUUCAGCACCAUACUCACAACAUGAAAACAUAUACUUUAGCAGAUUCUGCCAUUUGGCUACUAGCAGAGAUCUGUUCUAGAAAAUGUCAAGCCUUCAUAUUGGUAUUUCAAUUUAAUACUACUCAAAUAAAUGAUGGAGGGUGUUGGGAUCUUUAGAACCCAUGUAGUAUACAGUACACAACAUUCAAUAAUAACAGAUGCUGGCUGACACAUUUUACAAGUAAUUUUAAAUGUUCUGUAAGAUGUUUUCAUAUUAAUGUUGACAAAUACAAGAAGAAUUGGUUUAUUGUGUAGAAAGAAACCUCAAAGUUCAACUAAAAAGAAAAUAAGUACAUUUGCCUUUCCACCUACCAUAUGCAUAUUGUACUUAUGUGUUCAUUAUUUUUUUUAAUUUCUACAUAUGACUCCAUUUCAGUUGUAAUAAUGUGCCUACGAAUGGGAUUUCUGGCUCCACAGCUCACCCAGAGCUACACACUGGAGCACAUUGAAUUUAGACUUCUGACACCUGCUGCCACAAUUUGUUCCAAUUGAAAUAAACGUGUGCUGCAUAUGUUGUAAGAUCCAGAGGUCAAGUUAAGGGUGUUCCAUCUGUAGACACAAGCCGGUCAUCCUUGGCCUAAGUAUUAGGAUACAGUGCUGGCAGCUCUUGUCUUUAUAUCAUAUAAAAAAUGUUAUAUGGGAUUGUGUUUAAUAUAAAAAAAGACAGGUUUUUUUUAAGAAAAAAUCAUUUUAAAGCCUGAAACCUUAUCAACACGUAUGUUAUUGUGGUAGCUACCAUGUGGCAGAUGAAAAGAAACAGAGGAGACUUCUAAUUUUGAUUGAAAUAACUGCUGCUAUUUUUACUUGUGUAAACAUCUAUCCAUUUUAAGCUGCUAUCUUUAAAGAGUCUCUAUUCUGAAAGUUUUCUCAUGCCUGGGGCAUAUGUUUUUUUUUUCUCUGAAACUUUAUUGUGUGUUACAGAAUUGUGUCCUACUGUAAAUGGUCUUUGUUAAAGCUACCCCACACUCUCCGUUCUCUAACACUAGAUACAAUGUGUUACAAUUUACACUGUACUGUCACCAAAAAAAAAAAGCCCGUUAAAAUGUUUCUCUGUCUUUUAUUCUUUCUGAAAUCUGGACAUCACAAUUUGUUUGAACUGUUGGUCAUAGCAUCCCUAUCUAAUGUCUAGAGAUUGUCUUAGUUCAAGUUACUAGUAGAUUUGAAAUUUUAAAAUAAAGUAUUUCCAUUAUGAAAGAAAAAAACAUUAAUAUAAAGCUGUAUAUAAUUUAGUUAGAUGUUGUAUCUAUAUGUUCACACAGGGUAAAUCAGAUGGGAAAAGUAUAAGGCCACAUUGAUUUAAAUGAACAAUUAUUAAACUGCCAAACACAUGUAAUAUCCAUGUACAAUCCAGGGCUAUGCUUAUUUCGAAAAGUGCAUCUGAACGGUCACUAAUCUCUUUUGUUGACUGUGGGUCAGCUCAAGAGUUCUGAUUAUCAUUGGGAGUGGUACUGACACUUCAAUCAUUACUACUUUGCUAGUGAGACUGUUAGAAAACCCAAAAAAUCCAACUGAACUUUUCUGUAUCUGCUUCUUUUGACAGAAAAUUUAAUGUGUUCUCUACUCCCUUUUUUUGAAAAUUUGAAUUGUUGUACCCACGGGGGAUGCAGGAGGCAGUUUGAAAACUCUCAAAUUAUUUUCUGUCUUUAAAUAAGC